AUGAAAUUCGCAAUCCCAGAAAUAUCAUGGCACAACCGGGAUCCUGUUUUAAGUGUCGAUUUUCAACCUAAAGCUGAGAGUAAUGAGCCAUUACGACUUGCUACUGGUGGAACCGAUUCUCAUGUUUUGAUUUGGUAUUUAUCUACAACAGACUCAGGUUCUGUAAACCUGGAAGUAGCUGCGGAUCUCACACGCCACCAGAAAGCUGUUAAUGUUGUCAGAUGGUCUCCUAAUGGAAAAUUUUUGGCAUCAGGCGAUGAUGAAUCUAUUAUUUUUAUAUGGAAGAAGACUGAUAAGGAACCAGCACCAGUAUUAGACCAAAUCGAGGAACAGUAUAAAGAAUCAUGGGUCAUUCACAAGACUCUCCGUGGUCACAUGGAAGAUGUACUUGACAUAUCGUGGAGUGCCAACUCACUGCACCUGGCAUCAGGCUCCGUAGACAAUAAAUUGUUGGUAUGGGAUUUAACGAGGGGGAAAUACAGUUGUAUAUUGUCUGAUCACAAAGGGUUUGUGCAAGGAGUAUCUUGGGACCCUAAGGGACAGAUGAUUGCUACCGUCAGUACUGACAGAGUAUUCCGGACAUUCGACGUGGCCACAAAGAAAGUGAUAUCCCGUAACAGUAAGGCUAUCCUGCCGUUCCCUGCCGACCACCCCCUUCACGACACCAAAGUUCGGCUCUACCACGACGACACGCUGCAGACAUACUUCAGACGGCUCGAAUUCAGCCCCGACGGGUUGCUGAUAGCCGUGCCGGCGGGCAAAAUCGAACCCGAACAGGGGAAAGUCGAUAUCGAGCCGACGAACGCCGUGUAUAUAUAUACGAGAUACUGUUUAAAAGCGCCGGCGUGCGUGCUGCCGUGCGGGUCCCCGGCGCUGGUGUGUCGCUGGGCGGCGCGGGGGCUGGCGGCGCGGGGCGGGGGGCCGGCGGGGCCCUUCCCCGCGCGACACGUGCUGGCCGUAGGCACCAAGCACUCCGUGCUGGUCUACGACACGCAGCAGAAGACUCCUAUCGCCAUCGUCUCUAACAUACACUAUACGAGACUAACAGACCUGACAUGGUCUCCCGAUGGAUGUACGUUGGUGGCGUCCAGCACAGACGGGUACUGCUCUGUGAUCACCUUCGCUAAGGGAGAACUCGGCGAAGUGCUGCCUGACGAUGAACCAAAAGGUCCUGCUCCAGCUACAGAGCCUAUGGAAAUUGACGAACAACCAGAAACACCUAAAGAAGAGAAGACACCAGAAGGUAAAUCAAAACAAAAGGACCCACAGACCACUACUGCAAAGGAACAGAAGGUAAAACCAGUCAAUAAAAUAGAUAUAUCAACAAAAUUCAAAGCACCCGGAGAGAAAUCACCAAAAAAACAGAAAGUUGAACCACAACAGAAAACUCCUGUGAAAAUAGAUGUACUAGAAGAAAUGGCUAUGCCCUCGUGGUCAGACAAUAGUAGUAAUGAAAUGAUCCGACCUAAAGAUACUAGGAAAGAUUCUGAAAUAAUGGUUAUUGAAGACAGCGAAGACAUCAAAUUAGUUUACGAGGAAACUCAAGACAAAUCUGAAAGCCAAUCUCCAAAAUCCCCUAAAACCAAUAACACUAAAGAUCAAACUGUGCCUAAAACCAUGGAAGCUAAACCCGCUGUGCAAGCAGUCACUCCGAAAAGCAUUCAAAAUGCUGAAAAAGAUCACCAAAGUACCCCGAAAGUUUCUCAAACGACUUUAGAAAGUAAUAACUUUUUAAGACGUGCCAAAGUGACUGAUGCAAAGGAGCCAGCUUCUGGAGGGGGCGGCACCAGCCCCAAGGCGCCUCGACGAGUCGCUUUUGUCACAUUAUCCAGUCCUAAAAACGCUAAGAAAAAAUAG